GUUGUUGUUAUUCGUGGGGAUCAGUUAUAUCUAUAUGGUCGUCAAAAUUCCAAUUUUAAAAUAGAAACAAAAUUAAUGUACAAUCAAAAGCCAAAUAAAACACAUGAUUGUCUUUAAGUAUUUAUAAUCGGGAAUGCUUAACCUUCAUCAUUUGAUUCUCCACAAAGAUCACAUAUUUUCGCGACUUAAAAAAAAUUGUGUCAUGCCAUCUUUUUAAUGAACCUUACAUGACUGUCUUUACACAGCAAUAUUUUCCAACAUGAAAUUUGCUGUGCAGUGUGUUCGCGGGAAAGGUGCCAGACUUGGUACUCUGACAGAUCUAGGUUGCCAUAGUAACCUAACCUUAGAAACACCAAUGUGUAUGCUGUAUACAAGAGGAGGCAGUGCUCCUUACCUUGGCAUUGAUGUUCUUCAGAGAGUUCAAGGAACACCAGCUGUUGUCCACAUGCCACUUAAUAUGUUGGCGCAAUUUCAAGAAGUCAUCACAGGUUUCCAGGCAGGCAUGGGAAAGUUCUCUGCCCUUGGCAACCAGUUGAUCUACGCCUCCUCACAUGACCCAGCAUCUGAAACCAAGUCAGGAAAGAAUGACAAGCACAGUAUUGGUGUCUGGGGUCGAGGUGGGAAAGUUCAGUUGGACCCUGAGGGGUUUGUGAAAUUACAAGAGGCCGUCCAGCCAGACUGGUUUCAGAGCAUGGCAGACGGGGAUACAGACCACUCUAGCACGAGCAAGCGAUGCAAGAAGGCUGUUGACAGAACGCUCUUCUUCCUUGACGAGACUCUGGACCGAUGGAAAAAGUCAGAGAAACUUCAGAAGAGCUGUAUGUUUGGCAGUAUAGUGGGAGGAUUUGAUGCCCGAGAACGCAAGAGAUGCACCCUGGAGACAGUGGCAAGAAAUUUAGAUGGCUACGUCAUAGAGGGAUUCCACCACUAUGGACCUAGCACAGAAACAUUUGAUCUCCAUGGAAUAGCUGACCUGAUCCAGUCAAUCAUGUGCCAUCUUCCAGAAGACAAACCCAGGGUGAUGCACGCAGUCUGGAGACCAGAUGCAGUCCUGCAGGCUGUACAGCUGGGAGUGGACAUCUUUGACAGCUCCUACCCAUACAUUAUCACCGAGAGGGGACUGGCUUUAGUCGUGGACUACAACUACAACACGCCAUUGGAUGAGAGGCCUACUCAGAGGGAAACAACUGGACCCACCAUAGAUCUUAACGAGAAGAGGUUUGUCGAUGACUUCAGUCCACUUCUUGCUGAAUGCACGUGUUAUACGUGCAAGAACUACUCCAGAGCCUAUGUAAACCAUCUCUUGAACACUGGUGAACUGCUUGGACGUAUACUACUCAUCAUGCACAACUUCGAACAGUACUUUGGCUUCUUCGCUAGCAUACGACAGGCAAUGGCAGAGAACAAGUUUGAACAACUACAACAACUAGUGAAUGAACAGACAGGCACAACUUGAUUAAAAUGUUGACUUGUGAACUCAGUUAAAGAAUUAUGAAAGUGAUGAAGAGUUCUUAAAUAUCUAUUAUUGGGUGCGAUCAUAGAAGACCGGUUCUAUCCACGGCAUUUGAUAGUGAAAACAUACAUAAUUAUACUAUGUACAUAUUUGUAUCCUGGUGAUAUCAUUCAUUGUUUGAUGUGGGUCUCUUUAAAAUUAAAUUAUGUCUCGUAAA